CCUGUAUCAAACAUAAACAAGAUUAUUGAUUAACCAAUUAAGCGACGCUCAUCAUUCACCUAUAUCUGACAUAAACAAGGAGAAUGGAGUCAGAGGGAAACAUGAAGAACUUGGUUGUGUCACAAGUAACCAUAAGUGGGUUUGGGGAGUCAACUAAAACAAAAGAACUUACAGAUUAUCUUGAAAACAAAGUAGGACUACUCGUUUGGCGAUGCAGAUUAAAAACUUCUUGGACUCCUCAUGGGUCUUAUCCUAAUUUUGAGAUCAUAGACACUUCAAACAUCCCCAAAUUUGAUUGUUACGAGAGAGUGGUGCCUCAUGCAUUUGUCCAUUGCGAUGCCCAUAAAUCUUUAAUGGAUGCUGCAGAGCAAUCCAAACUCAUCCUCGGUGGCCAGCCAUUAAAAUUCAGCUUGUCGUCUGAGAACCCAUAUACACUUAACCCAUAUAAGUUGACUGGUGUUUCGCUUGAGAUUGGGACGGUUUCGCAGGAUGACUUUUUUUUGUUUCUCAUAUAAGUUGGAGUUAUUGGUGAGAGACAUACAAACAGUCAAGCAGUAUAGAACUUUUGUUGGUUUUGUGCUUGUUUUGCAGCUUGCCUCAUCACCCCGUGUCUGGUACAGAACAGCUGAUGAUGAUAUCUACGAAACUUCGGCUGUCGAUCUCUUGGAUGAUAAUGACCCUUGGAUCCGCACCACUGAUUUUACACAAUCUGGGGCAAUUCGUCGAUGCCUUGGGUAUCGAGUGUUCAUAUCUCCUCGGGAUCACAAUAAAUGGACAAAAGUCUUAGAUUAUCUAAAGACACAAAGGGUGAACACGGAGCAUGUGAGGUGGCGGACCUACGUUCAAAGUAGAGGUGCAACUUACCCCGGUUAAAUUUAAAAACCUUUCUUUAAUAGAUCAUUUGCCUAAGGGGGUGAACUUUUUUUCCGGGAUUACAUGUGUCUAUGAUGUUUUUGGGUGAACACAUGUGUGGUUUUAGGUAUGUUUUUUUACAUGUUCUAACAUGUUCUCGGGCAGGUUGAUGGUUCUUUUUGGUAUGUUUUUGAGGAAACACUUAUGACUUUUCAACUUCAAGUGUUUUCCACAGAAAGAUGUGAUGGACUUUUGGUAUU